CAUUGCAGGUAAUGGUACUCAAGGAUAUAAUGGCGACUAUAUGUUGGCCACCUCUGCUUCCUUAUAUUAUCCUUCGGAUGUUGCUGUUGGUCCAAGUGGAGAAGUUGUCAUUGCUGACACCAACAACAACAGACUAAGAAUUGUUUUUACCAAUGGAACAAUUAUUACUCUUGCUGGUAAUGGCUUGCAAGCCUUUUCAGGAGACGGAGGUUUAGCCAAUGCUGCUUCACUGGCUGGACCCACUGGCAUUAUUUUCGUCAAAGACGGUAUUCUUAUUGCCGACGCUUUCAAUGCAAAAGUUAGAAAGCUUCAAACGAAAUGUUUUGGUGUCUUGAAAAACGCAUGUAAUGGUCAUGGUUAUUGCGUAGCAACAGAUACAUGUGUUUGUGAUUCUGGGUACACCUUUGGUCCAACAUGUCUUUCGAGUACUCCUACAAUUUAUACUUUAGCAGGAGGUAAUGGUGAGUUUGUGGAUCCACAAAAACUUGGAGUUCUCUCCACUGGUGAAGUCAUUGUUUCAGAUGCCAAUGGAAAUGCCAUCAAGAAGAUCCAUUUGGAUGGCAAGGUCACCACAAUUGCUGGCAAUGGUGUUGCUGGUUUCAGCGGAGAUAAUGGUCCAGCUUCUCAAGCUUUAUUGAAUCGUCCUUAUGGUAUUGUUAUUUCUCCAUCAGAUGAAAUAUUCAUUGCAGACAGCAGAAACCAUAGAAUUCGAAAGAUUGAUGUGAACGGUACAAUUUCAACAGUUGUAGGAAAUGGAGUCAGUGGAUUCAGUGGAGAUGAAGGUCUUGCCACUUCAUGUUCUCUCAACACUCCAAUGGAUGUUGCGUUGUCUUCUUCAGGUGAACUCUACAUUGCCGACAUGUACAACUACAGAAUCAGAAAAGUAUAUUUGAAUGGAACCAUCAACACUGUGAUUGGUUCUGGUGCUUCUGGAUAUAUAGGUGAUGGUGGUCUUGCAAUUAAUGCUGCCCUUGCUCUCAUUUAUGGUGUUACUGUCACAUCCAAUGGAGAAGUUUACAUUUCUGAUUCAUUCAACUUUAAAGUUCGAAAAGUCGACACCAAUGGAAUCAUCACAACCGUUGCUGGUAAUGGUGUUCAGGGAUACAAUGCAGACAACAUUUUAGCCACCUCUGCUUCCUUAUAUUAUCCUUCGGAUGUUGCUGUACUUCCAACUGGUGAAAUGUUGAUUGCUGAUGCCAACAACUAUAGGGUCAGAAUUGUCUUUCCAAACAACACUAUUACAACACUUGCUGGAACUGGUGUCCAAGGUUUUAGUGGAGAUUAUGGUUUGUCCACUUUGGCACAAAUCUCUGCACCAACAGGUUUAAUUCUUACCAACCAAGGUAUUAUAUUUGCUGAUGCAUUUAACGCACGAGUUCGAGUUCUUACUGAUGGAAAUGGUCUCAAAUGUUUCGGAAAAUUUGCCAGAGAUCCAAAAGUUUGUUCAGGACAUGGUAUUUGUGCUACAAAGGAUUCUUGCCAAUGUUUGCCUGGUUGGAGUGGACCAAGUUGUGAUCAAGCAAGUUGUGUUGCACCUGAAAUGGGAAUCACUGUUCCAUGUUCUGGUCAAGGAACCUGUGUCAAUAAUACUUGUGCAUGUUUACCAAACGUGUAUGGUCCUUUAUGCUUCAUUAAUACCCGAAUUGAAGCUCCUUCAUAUGUAGCUCCAGUUUAUGGCUAUCAAGCUGCUGCGAAUGUGCAAGUGUCUCCUUUUAUCAACCAAACCUAUAGUAUCAAUUAUAAUUGGUAUCAAACUUCUGGUCCUGUGAUUUCUAAUCUUGCUUCUAUUGCAACUAAUGGACUGAAUAGUCCAACAUUGCUUCUUCCAUUCAGAUUCAAUAAUUUGGCACUUGUGAAUGGACUGGUAGCAGGUAACACGUAUGGUUUUAGCCUUAAUACUACAGUUGUAUUCUCCUCUGCCACAGUAACCAUCAAGAAUGACGUUUCUGUGUUAGUUCAACUUGAUCCAACUUUAACUUUUACCUUACAAGAUGCAAAGACCAAUCAAAGUAUUACAUCUGGAACUGCCGGACAAACAAUCUUCAAAAUCACAAUUACAAGCAAUUCUAAUCCUUACAGCGACACAGACAUCCAAUAUGGAUUUGGUUAUUAUGAUUUAACAGGUAUCAUUAUUUUGACACCAUUAUCACCUGCUCCUGCUACAUUCACAUUACCAUACCUCUCAGGAGGCUCAGCUGAUUUAUACGUUGGUACCUUUGGAUCAAAAACUAUGAGUGUUCAAAAGUUGACCACUAUAUCCCUUUCCAGUCCAAUCAAUAAUUUACCUACAGAUCAAGCUUUAAAUGUCAUCCAAAAUAUCAUCUCUCCAAAUUCAUCUGUGAGCGAUAUUUUGAGUGCAUCCUCUCUUUUGAACACUCUUUCAACUACCAAUGCCACUGAAAUUGCAAAGAAGAGUGCAAUGAGAACGAGCAUCAUUCAGAGUAUUUCCAACAUGGUUGGUACCAUGGAAAUCAAUACUGCCUUCAAAACACUUUCCUCUGCCACUCAGGUCCCAAGUGAGCUCAGUCCAAGUACUUCUAAUUUGGUCAUGGACACUUUGGUAUCCACCACUCAAGCAGGUCAAUUUAAUAGAAAUUAUCUUCCUUCACUUGUCGGUGUUGCUUCUAACACAAUUCUCUCAUCAUCCUCCAACAAGACAGGUGUAUUGAUACAUUCCGCAGCCAAAGCUCUCAUUCCAUCAUUGGCGAGCUCCGAAGUUAUUUCUUCGACAAGCACAAACUUGGAUGUUGCGUAUUUCCAAUCUCCAAACUCAAAGGUUAAUAUUGGAGGUCAAAAUUCAAUGGAGCUGAUACAAAGACAACGAUUUAAUUUGGGAUGUUAUUUUAUUAACGAUUUAGAUGAAAGAGGAAAAUGCCUUUUUGGAGGUUUUUUUACUUAUCCUCAGACACAAAAAUCCUCGAGAGCUGUUAUUUCUGGUAAUUACAGAAUUGUUUCCAAGAUUGUUGAUUUUAAUGCAUAUUAUGCAAAUGGUUCACUGGCAACAAACUUCACUAUGGGUGGAACUAUACGUUUAGGAUUUCUUUUCAGUUCUUCUUCUGGUUAUGUUCCAAUUUGUGCCACAUUUGAUCCAAUCUCGAACACUUUCAACACAAACGCUAAAAUCACAACAACAGUGGUUAACUCAACAUUUGUCUAUUGUGACACCAACAAUGCCAAGGGAAAUGCAUUGUUGUUACAACAAGCAACACCCAGUUCUCCACAGAAAUCUGCAAGAACAUCUGGACGUGUCUCAAUUGCCACAAGUAGAUUCCAGUUGAAUUAUUAUGCAAUUGCAACAACCACUGCUCUACUCCUAAUGUCUAUCAUUUUAUUGUAA